GACGACAGCGGUUGGACGCCCCUGAUGAUCGCGGCCAAUGUCAAAGACUCGGACAAGGUCAUAGACAUUCUCCUUGCACGGGGCGCAGACGUAAACCAGACAAAUAACAACGGUCAGGUAUCGUUACCCUUCCCAUCCAGCACCGCUUACCGCCCGUCCGCCCAAAACUAUUUGACUGAUCCCCUGGAUCCCUCCUGCCAAUAGACAGCCCUCCACUUCCUCGCCUCCAAAGCCAAUCUCGACGUAGCCCGCAAGCUGCUAGAGGCCCACACCCCCCCGGCGUCGGCACGUGUGCGCGACAAGCGGGGGCUGUACCCCCUCCACCGCGCCGCCGCCGUCGGCUCGGUGCCCAUGAUCAACCUGCUGCUCAAACACCGCAGCCCGCUUAAUGCAACCGACAGUGCUGGGCAGACACCGCUGCACCACGCCGUUGCUGAGGGGCAUGGCGACGCGGCGAUUGCAUUGUUAAAGGCUGGUGCGGAGACGGAUAAGAAAGACGUGGAUGGGUUCUUGGCGUUGGAGUUGGCGCCUGGGAAAGAUGUCCGGAGAUAUAUCGAGCGCAAGGCGGAGGAGGAAGGAAUUGAGCUCUAAACAUCUCGUGAUGCCCGGAUCCACGGGUAAUACGUAGCAGACAGGCUACAAUAGACACUCAGUGGAUUGGCAGCGAAAACCCAGGGUUUGAUAUGGUAUCUUUGCCUUCCAACCGGCAGCACGCUGAUUGCUCUCGCUGUAUAAGCUUGCACUCGCCGAGCCCCUUCAACUUAACACAAAGUCAUGUGCACGUCACUUGAUAGUCCU